UUCUGCUGUCCUCUAUCUUCACAUACACCACAUCAGGGUGGGCACCUGCUGAACACCUCUACCCCCCUGGACUAACACAUGGACACGAGCACAUUCAGACAGCAUGGGCUCCAGACUGAAACAAAACCCUGAUCGAACCUUCCACUGGUUCUUUGAAGCAACUUGCCCUGUUGCCAGAGACAAAGAUCCUGGUGUGUUGUUUCAGUUUCCCGAGGACUUCAGUGAUGAGGAGUCCUAUCAUACGUUACCUAGAUUCUGCUUCCCAUAUGACAUACAGAGAGUGAGGGCUGGGGUGGCCGUGCAGCACUUCACUUUCGUUCUCACUGACCUUGAGGGAUGCCAACGCUUCGGCUUCUGUCGUCUUGCCAACAGCACACACACCUGCCUUUGCAUACUCAGUUAUCUUCCAUGGUUUGAGGUGUUUUACAAACUUCUCAAUAACUUGGCUGAUUACCUGACAAAAGGACAGACCAAUGAGAUGAAAGCACUGUUGACUGCUCUCUACCAGCAGCCCGUACCAAUGACAGCGGGAUCUGUCACUCUGCAGAUGGGAGAACAGCUAUUGGUCAGCACAGGGGUGUCCCAUCCUGUCGGACACCCAGAGGGACAAGAGGGGGUUCCAUACUUUAUUGCUCCAGACCCCAGAAGUCUCCCUUCCAUCCCUGAAAAUAGGAACUUAACAGAGCUGAUUGUGGCAGUAGAUGUCGGGAACAUGCUCCAGGUCUAUGCCAGCAUGCUGUUUGAGAGACGCAUUCUGAUCAUUGCCAGCAAACUCAGCACUCUGACGUCUUGUGUGCAUGCACUCAGCGCUGUGUUAUACCCCAUGUACUGGCAACACAUCUUCAUACCUGUCCUGCCACCUCACCUACUUGACUACUGCUGUGCACCUAUGCCUUACCUAAUAGGGGUCCACACCAGUCUAGCUGAGAUGGUGAGGAGUCGUGGGUUGGAAGAAGUUGUCGUUCUAAAUGUGGACACAAACACUCUAGAGACGCCCUUUGAUGACCUUAAGAGGAUACCUUCAGAUGUGAUGUCUGGGCUGAAGCUGUGUCUGAAGCGUCACGCCGUGUCUCCUGGCUGCGGGGUCGCUCUGGCCUUCCUGAAAGCUCAGGCUCUGCUGUUUGGAGGCUACAGGGAUGCACUGCAAACUCACGAGGAAGGUGAAAUAUGUUUCAGUGAGAAGCUGUUUCUAGAUCACAAAUCUCACAGUAUGAGGCAGUUCCUGCAGAGUGCUGUUCACUUACAGCUCUUCAAACAGUUCGUAGAUGGCCGCCUGGAUAUUCUCAACAAAGGGAAGGAACCAGAUGACCUCUUCGAAGAAGAAAUCCAAAAGUGUGAAACAACAGCUGGAACAAGUAAAUCAUAUCAGCAGUUAGUUGGUAAUUUAAAGAAAGGAGGAGGAGCGCUAAUCCUCAACAUGAAGUCCAAAGCACACAUGAGGGCCAAAGGUCUCACCAAGUCUGGUCUGAAAAACCUGCUGAUGCACAAGGCCCACAAUGAAGAACACACCCUGCAGAGAGGAGGAUCAGUGUCACACCGCCGUGCCCAAUCUGACUGCCUGCAGGAUCGCCUGCCAAUCACACAACACUUCGGGAUACCACGUCCCCGUCGGCCUGUGCACAGAUUCAGGGGCCCCAGAGACCAGAACAACAUGAAGGACACAGGAGAUACAUCGGAUGGAGCUGUGUCUGAGGCUGUGGUUGAGCCUGACUCUGACCUCCAGAAGAAUGAAGAAGAGGGGGAAGAUACGCUGCUGUGUGACCCAGAGGAGAUGGAUUUGCUCGGGGAGAUUUUUGACACCCUCAGCUCCCGCAGCUUCCAUGACCGUGGCGUUCUGUACGGCACCCGGAGCCUGGAUCUGUUCGGUCCAGACAGUCAUGAUUAUAUCACAAAGUUUGGUCCAAUCAACCCCAGCCAGGAGAGCCUGUGUCUGUCCAUCAGCGGCAGUGGCAGCCUGCAUAGCUGGAAUCUGGAAACCACAGAAGACGUGACGGAGGACUUUGAUUGGCCGUACCUAGACAUUAGGGUACCAGAGCACGAGGAGCCGGAGAGUCUACAGGCAAGAUGUGAAAGUGAUGAAAAUGAAAGAGGACUGAGAGAGUAUGGAGAGAAACAGGAAGAAGUGAAAGAAGUAUUAAAUGGGAACCAAGGAGGAGAAAAAGAAAACACAAAUACAUUUAAGGAAGAGGAGUUUGAGGAACAGAGAAAGAAAGGAGGUGAGGAAAUGAGAGAGAGCCUAGGAGAAGAACCAGUGAAAGACAAGCGAGAGGAUGAAGGGAUAAACGAAAAAAUAGAAGAUGAGAGAAAUAAGAGUAACGAGGUAACUGAAGGACACAGAGAAACAGAUAAAAUACAAAAAGGUGUAGCCACAGAAGAGAGACAUGAGAACCAGGACAACCAAGAAAAAGAGGUUACAAGAUCCUUAAACAAACUUAUAAAACUGAAUCCCCAUGAUCGCAACAUGGUGAAGGAGCAGCAGGGACAACAGGAGAGUGCCAAUCCAGAGAGCGCAGCUUCUCCUGGGCCUCAGAGCCUCGUCGCUGACCAUCAACCUCCAGCAGGCCAGGAAAAAAAGUGUGAAGAAGCAGUAAUGAAAACAGAGCAAGAGUUAAGACAAACCCCCUCUACGCCAAAAGUGCAGUCUGCUGUGGAACGCUUCCAUUGUCGCACAUCCAGCCAGAGCUUUCAGGUGAGGUCCAGGAUCAUGGGUUCGUCUGAACCUGGGAGACCGGGCAACGUGUUGUGGAGCAAGGAGAACACACAAACCCACCACGUCCUGCCACGUAACUUAGAUACAUCAGAGAACAACUGCCCAGAGGUCCAUGAGGAGAAAAAGGCCCCUCCCAUCAAAGUGUCUGAACUUAAGAAGAAAUUUGAGCUUAAAUGAUAACGCUGUUUGUUGUUGGUGGUGACAAGUCCGGUUGUUGCUAUUGAAGAUGUAAUUCAGCAUUGCCAAACUGCCCUAAAGGCAGACUUGAGACAUCAUGUUUUGUGAGGCCACCAUGACCUUUAACCUCCAGACCUUAGAUCUUGAACUGAAAAGAAAGAAAUUUGAAAGAAUUCCCUGAAGGUAUUCCUGAUAUAUUGUGUUCACAUUCACAUGGUCGAACAUGGUCAGAGUUCACACUGACCUCGACCUUUGACCCAACUGUAACCAGCUCAUUCUUCAUGACAUUUCAAGACAUUCUUGAGAUAUCGUGUUCACAAGAAUGGGACAGACAACCUGAAAACUGUCGCUGAUGCAAAAAAAAUUGGGACAAAUAUAUAUUUUUACUUUUGAAAAAAGGCACCAAGAACAGUGGAGCACUUUUUAGUUAAACGUUUCACAUACUAGAGUUAAUUUGCUGUAUUGACGUCCAUUUUCAGCUGCAGUUACAUUAUGUGUUAUCAAGUCAAAAUAAACUACAGCACCGUGUGGCUCAGGUCAACAAACUCAUUCUUGGCGACACAAACGGUCAGGUGAUAAAUCGUGAGAAUAUUUUAACUAAUUUUUGAAUAAUAUGAACCUAGUUUACUUGACGGAGAGGACUGGAACCACGGCUAAACACAAGAAAUAAAUGAAUUUCUAAACAGUGAGGACACUGAGUGGUUUACAUACAGUAUCAGCUACAGCUUGUCAGAUACACAAGUUUGAGUAUUAUACAACCGCAUGUGUUUGAAAGUCUCCAUGAGCUAAUGCCAAGAGAAAACAGACAAACGCUGAGGAUAAUAACCUCAUAUUUGGUAACUUUGGUAAUAAUAAACAGAAAGAGCUGCAGCACUGGGUGUGCACAUUGUUGGUUUAUUUACAGAACACUGUGAACACUGAUUUUGAGUUUUUCUAUGAAAUUGAGCGGACUUAAAAGUGCAUUGUUAGUGUCUUUUAAUCAAUAUUCUUCCUCUAGACAUGUUUUAUACAUUUUUAUACACAUUAUAAAUAUACAAUUACAGUGACCUCUGUACAAAUACAAAAUAUACUUAAGCUCAUAUCCCUCAUGUGGCAGAUAAAGGGAGUAACUAGUUAAGAUGAGGGAAUAUUAACUCAUGAGGGAAUAUUAACUCAUGACAUAUUUCCUCUUCUCAUGCAGUGACACAUGUGCUGGACAGUCUGUUCAGUCUAUGUGUCAUCACCGGGGAUGAAAAGGUGCAGCACAAAAUGUUAUGUGAAGAUUCCUGGUGCAGAACACAAACGUGGAUGAUCUCAGAUUAGCAACAGCACUACAUUAGAAACCAGCAGGAAUCUAUCCACAGGUUUACACAGUGACAGAGGAGAGAAGGCAUG